AUGGCGAGGAUCAAACCUCAGGCUCUGCUACAGCAAAGCAAAAGGAAGAAGGGUCCUUCGCGCUUAAGUGUCACGACUGUUUUAUUUUAUCUUUUGAUUCUUGCCAUGGUUGGGUUUUUCCUAUAUGCUUCCUACAGACAUUGGUCCAGCAGAUCAAGAUUACAGUCAGAAAAUCACUUGUCCGUCUCCAAGGGUGAAAAUACUAAUGUGGACUCAAAGAAAUCUGAGCUGCCUGGAUAUGCUGUUUUAAAUACCUCUAAAGGUUCUAUAAUAAUAGAACUAUACAAGGAAAGUGCUCCCGAAGUUGUUGAUGAAUUCAUUGACUUAUGUCAAAAAGGGCACUUCAAGGGGAUGUUUUUUCACCGAGUAAUUAAGCACUAUGUGAUUCAGGCAGGGGAUAACCAAGGAGCUGGUGCUACUGAAGAUUGGAACUUGAGAGGAAAGCAACAUACUCUUACAAGUAUGAAACAUGAAGCAUUCAUGCUCGGGACUUCCAAGGGCAAACACAACCACAAAGGAUUUGAUCUUUUCAUUACAACUGCACCUAUACCAGAUUUAAAUGAGAAACUUAUUGUUUUUGGACAAGUCAUCAAGGGAGAGGAUGUUGUGCAGGAAAUUGAAGAAGUGGAUACUGAUGAACAUUACAAACCUAAAGUAUCUAUUGGGAUACUUGAUGUUACUCUUAAACAGAAGGUCUGA